AUGAAGUUUACAAGCACAAAGCUAUGCGUGCUGGCCCAGCUCAUGUUCUUGGCUCUGGUGCGUGCGACGGGGACCAUCCACCAUUCAGCUGAUGACAACUUCCACUCUUUGAGCUCAUUGCUUUCAGGAGACGCCGAGAUUUAUCUACCAGGCUCGGAAGGCUUCGUGAAUGGCACUGCCAGCCUAGUAGCGAAGAAGCCUCAGCUUGACGCCUUGGUCAAGGUGGCCACCGAACAGGAUGUUCGAAACACGUAUGCGGAUGCCUUCAAUAGGCCGUUUCUUGCCAUUUCAGGUGGCCACGGCGAGACAUGGGAUCUCGGAAACGUCAGGAACGGAAUCGGUAUCUCCAUGCGCGGAAUGGUCUAUGUUCACAUUUCCGAAGAUGGCAGCAGCGCCACGAUUGGCGGCGGGACCCAGUCGGGAGAGGUGAUCGCGGCGCUGUGGGCUAAAGGAAAGCAGGCCGUCACCACAGCAUGCGACUGUGCAGGUAUUAUAGCUCCUAUGCUCGGCGGAGGCCACGGCUGGCUCCAGGGGCAGCAUGGCCUGCUGGCCGACAACAUCCUCUCGGCGCGCGUUGUGCUCGCCGACGGGACUGCCGUGACCGCUUCUCCCACGGUAAACAGCGAUCUGUUUUGGGCGCUCCGGGGCGCUGGCCAUAAUUUCGGCGUUGUGACUUCGGUCGAGUAUCGUAUCUUUGACGUCGAGCCUGGGCAGGGCAGGCUGUGGGCUUACGAGGAGUACGUCUUCAGGCAGGAUAAACUGGAGGUGUUGUUUGAGUGGGCGAACGGGCUGCUGCAGGAUGACACGGGGUCGCCGCGGCCGGUUGAGCUGACUCAUUAUGGGCAGUUUGCAUUCCGUCCUGAUGUUGACUCUGAGAAUCCCAUCAUAGUCUUUUGGCUCAUUUGGCAGGGCCGUGGGACCGUUCCGCCGGCGCAUACAGACCGUGUCCGAGCCAUGCUCCCUAUAAGCAUCAAAGCCGGUACUACGGACAUCACUGGGAUGAAUGCCGUAGCAGGCGCGGCGUAUGGCACGCCAGCGUGUGCCAAAGGGUCAAGCAGCUCGAUGAUGUUCGGCGUUGCGCUGAAGAGGUGGAACAUUCCAGGACUGCGCGCGACUUUAGACAUUUACAGCACCCUGCCCCCAGAGCUGCGCAACGGUUUCGUCCUCCUCGAGGCGUAUUCGACUAGAGCAGUCGGGGCCGUCCCAAAUGACGAGGCAGCGUACCCCGACCGUUUCAACCAAAUUCUGAUUAGCCCGGCAAUGUACAUCUCGUUGGGGAAUGCUAGCCUUGCUAAUCUCGCGGCUGACUUUGGCGGGAGGUUGAGGCGUGCUUCGCUAAAUGGCAGCGGGCAGCCUCUCCAUGCGUACGUUAACUAUGCACACGGUGAUGAGAGCCCCGAGGCGUUGUAUGGGUACGAGGACUGGCGCUUGUGGAGGCUGAGACGGCUCAAGGCUAAAUUCGACCCAUUCCUUAAGUUUGGAUACUACGCGCCUAUCAUCCGCGGACCCGGAGGACCGGCCCCUUGA